AUGGAUCCAAUUAAUCUAAGUAAACAAUAUGAAACAAAUCAGAUUAUCGUCGAGCCAUGUCUUGUCGAAGGAACCACUCUUUUAAAAAUUUCAUCAGGAAAGCAACAACAAAAAACUUUCAAAAUCGACAUUGAUCAAGGUCAAAUUUUAUGGAAUUCCAAAAAAUCUGGAAAAAUCGACAUUGAAAGUAUUGAGGAGAUUCGAGUUGGUGAUGCGAUACGAAGUUAUAGGGAACAUUUCAAACUUAAUGAAGAUAUUGGGCCUCGGUGGUUCACCAUCAUUUAUGUUGAUUUUGGAAAAUAUAAAACUCUUCAUUUAGUUGCUCCGACCUUAGAAUUAUUUAAUAUAUGGAUUGAAAAUUUGAAUAAACUAUAUUUGCACAGAAAAGAUAUAAUUGGAGGUUUAGAUCAUUUGAGAAAACGGAAUACUUUAUGGCUGAACCAAUACUGGAAGGAGGCUGAUAAAAAUGGCGAUUCAAAAUUAAGUUUAGAUGAUGUUGCAAAAUUAUGCUAUACUUUGAAUAUAUCCAUGUCACGUUCUCUGCUUAAGACCAAAUUUAAUGAAGCAGAUGAAAAUAAGAAUGGUUAUCUUGAUUUUAAUGAUUUCCAGCGAUUGGUGAAGUUAAUUAAACAAAGGGUUGAUUUGGAUAAACUAUUUAAUUCUCUGGCAAAAGAGCGUGGUAAUAUUUUGACAUUACGAGAAUUCAAAGACUUCCUUUGCACUUUGAAAGAAGAAGAAUAUGAUUAUCUUUAUUAUAAAUUUUGUGAUAAAGACGUUAAAGAGAUGGACUUAGAAGGAUUUUGCAGUUUUCUCAUGUCCAGCGACAACUCCAUUUUUGCUCCAGAGCAUUCCAAAGUUUUUCAAGACAUGUCACAACCAUUAAGUCAUUAUUUCAUCAGUUCUUCACACAAUACAUAUCUUCUAGGAAAUCAACUGAAAGGUAAAUCCUCAGUCGAAGGAUACAUUCGUGCCUUUCGGGAAGGAUCUCGUUGUGUUGAAAUCGAUUGCUGGGAUGGACCUGAUGGUCCCAUUGUUUACCAUGGACAUACAUUGACAACUAAAAUCAAGUUUCAAGAUGUUAUUUCGGCAAUCCGUACCUACGCAUUCAAAUAUAGUCCUUAUCCAAUAAUAAUAUCGCUUGAGGUUCAUUGUUCUAUUGAACAACAAAUCCAAAUGGCUUCUAUUUUAUCUAACACUCUGGGUGAAUGUCUUGUCACUAAGUUCUUAUCGGAAAACGAAACAGAAUUACCGAAUGUAGUAGAAAAAGAAAAAAAAACGACCAAAGUGAAAGUUGCAGAAGCUCUUUCAAACUUGAUAGUUUACUGUAAUUCUGUUAAGUUUGGAGGAUUUGAUCAUGAUAAUUUGAAGUACUAUGAAAUGUUUUCGCUUAACGAAAAAGCUUCUUCAAAGCUUUUGAAACCUGACAAGGCUGCUUAUAUUCGGCACAAUAUUCGCCAUUUAACACGUAUAUACCCGUGGGGUUUUCGGGUAGAUUCGUCAAAUUAUGAACCACAUCAUCAAUGGAUGGUUGGAAACCAAUUGGUUUCUUUAAAUUCGCAGAAAUUUGACCUAGGAAUGCAAAUCAAUGAAGCUAUGUUUUCUGUCAAUGGCGGAUGCGGUUAUGUACUCAAACCUGAGCGAUUGCGCAAUCCCAAUGCGUCUCCAGAUAUAAAUACAUCACGAACUUUGACAAUUGAAAUAAUUUCUGCACAACAACUCCCAAAAGAUUCCCCCAAGGGUGAGAUAAUUGAUCCAUUUGUUGAAGUAGAAUUGCUUGUCCCUGGAGCCGAAGCUAUUAAACAAAAAACUAGCACCAUAUCCAACAACGGUUUUAACCCUACGUGGAACAAAACCCUUAAAUUUACAUUUAACUACGAAGAAAUGAGUUUAGUAUUUUUGAGAUUUGUUGUCUGGGAUGAUGACCUUAUUGCUAGUAAUGAUUGCCUUGCAUCUUAUUGCAUUCCCUUAGCAAGUUUACAAUUUGGGUACCGUUAUGUCCCACUAAAUGAUUCUAUUGGCAAAAAAUAUCCGUUUUCUACUUUAUUUAUUUGUUCUUCUCUCGAAUCUUGCGUUUUGGAGCUAAAUCCUAAUCCUAAUUUUGGCGAUCUUCUUAAUGAUAUUUUUAUUCUUAAUACUUUAUGGUUGACUUAUAUACAA